CACUACCUCAGGCUGCCUAGAGCUGUUGCUUGCUGUUUCUCGUCGGGAUGCCUGUCCUUUUCACAGAGAGGCUGGGGGCGAUCCGCGCCGCUCUGUCCGACCAGACCUGGAUCCUUCUCCUCACUUUCCUGCUGCUGCUGGCCUGGUACAGUGUUCUACCAUUUGGGUUAUUUAAACGCAUUGGAGUUCCAGGGCCAAGGCCACUGCCAUUCAUUGGAACAUUUCUACAUUAUCGAAAGGGUCUGUUUGGAUUUGACACAGAAUGCUACAAGAAAUAUGGAAAAAUAUGGGGGAUUUAUGAUGGACGGUUGCCUAUUCUCUCCAUCUUGGAUCUUGACCUCAUUAAAACCAUUUUUGUAAAAGAAUGUUACACUUUCUUCACAAACAGGAGGGACUUUGGUCUGAAUGGACCAUUCACCGAGUCCAUCCUGGUUGUCGAAGAUGACCACUGGAAGAGAAUCCGAAGUGUCCUUUCACCAACUUUUACCAGCGGGAGACUGAAAGAGAUGUGUCCAAUCAUCCGUCACUAUGCAGAAAGUCUUGUGAAGAAUGCAAAAAGAAAAGCAAAGCUGAAUGAAUCUGUUGACAUGAAAGACUUCUUUGGCACAUACAGCAUGGAUGUGAUUACCAGCACUGCAUUCAGUGUGGAUGUCGACUCGAUCAACAAUCCCAAUGACCAAUUUGUCAAAAAUAUCAAAGAAAUAAUAAAAUUCAGCCUCAUCGACUUUAGCUUUAUCCUUUCUGUUAUCUUUCCUUCUGUUAUUCCGAUUCUGGACAGAAUGGGUGUCAGCACCUUCCCAAGAGAUGCAAGUGAUUUUUUCAUGAAAGUCCUGAUGGAUUUGAAGGCAAAGAGACAAAAAGGAGUGCACACUGAUCGGGUGGAUUUUCUGCAGCUGAUGGUUGACUCUCAGGUGACUGAGAAGCAGAAUGCUGACAGCAAGUCAACAGACAAAGCUAUGACUGACACAGAGAUUUUGGCACAGGCUUUGACUUUCAUCUUUGCUGGGUAUGAAACCAGUGGUAGUACAUUGAUGUUUGCUGCAUAUAAACUGGCGAUGCACCCAGAUGUACAGAAGAAACUGCAACAGGAAAUAGAUGAGACUUUCCCUAACAAGGCUCCUCUCACAUAUGAUGGAGUGACGCGGUUGGAAUAUAUGGAAAUGGUGAUAUCGGAAACCCUACGAAUGUUCCCCCCUGCCCCCCGCAUUGACAGAGUGUGCAAGAAAGAUGUACAGCUUAAUGGGAUAACCAUACCAAAGGGGACUAUCGUCAUGGUUCCUGCCUAUGUGCUGCACCAUGAUCCAGAAUACUGGCUAGAGCCUGAAGAAUUUAGACCUGAAAGGUUCAGUGAAGAGAAUAAGGAGACUCGGGAUCCUUACACCUUCCUACCAUUUGGAGUCGGCCCACGGAACUGCAUUGGGAUGCGAUUUGCUCAACUAGCAAUGAAGAUGGCACUCACUUCUAUUUUACAACACAUGACCAUUGUGACUUGUAAAGAGACACCGAUUCCAGUAGAACUAGAUGUGACAGGAUUCAUGCGGCCUAAAAAACCAAUCAUCCUGAAAUUUUUGCCACGGCUGAAUGCUGAUUGAAAGGAAUAAACUACUUGAUCGAUUCAGAGCUGUGAAAAUAUAUCGGACUAUGUAUGCAUCAAGAUAAUCAAAUGAAAAUACAUGGAAACAUAAUUCGAUUAUAAAUCUAUAGAAUCGGGAAAAAACCAUUAACAUACAUGUUAAUUUUUUUACUUCCUGCUAAUGAAAACAGUGAGAGAGUUACUCAUGUUCUACAAGGUGAUUUAUUCAAUAGGAAAGCAUGUCAAUUGACUUUUUUGUAAUCUCAGGUAUAGAAAUAAAUCAUGUGAUUGUAAAACUA